UGGAGUUAUCAGAUAUGAACUUGUCAUGGCUUAGCAACGGUGAAAGGGAGCGAAUAAACUGUGCCAAUGCAUGCUAUGUGAGUGUAGAGCGUGCCAUUGGAAUAAAACGAGGGGAUCCUGGGUUUGUAAUGCGCGAGUGUGUGAUAAGAAGGUGGGGGUUAGAGACCCCGUCGUGUUUUGACCCCCCAAACAACUCCCAACCACCAUCUCUCCCCUCACCGUCUCUGCCUCUCUCAAUGUUUAAAGCAACAUCGCCCAUGUCGCUGUGAAAAUUUCCAGCCUGUCGCGACAGCCCAUGGACAGCGAGAACGGCCAAAAAGGACGCUAUUUCUCCUCACCAAGCAUCUCGCCUGCGAGCCGGACCCAAAGACAUAACGUGCGGACCCACCAGCGCGCUCUCGAAACCGAAGCCAAUGCAGGAUACCACGAGCACCGCCUGAGAGUGACUAUAACCUACACGUCAAAUCUAGGUUUCGGAGGCAGAACGCCUGCGCUGGACAGCGGGUCUGGUCUCAUCCUUCCCAGAGUAGGAUUGGCUUCCGUGUCGCAUGGAUAAGAGGUAUGAAGACCUGGUGCACUACUCAGGGUCAGAGGGCAUGCCCGUGGGGGGGUAUGGAGAGGUCAUGAGGUCACUGCCCCCCCCUCACUAUGGCCACACUGUCCCAGAUUCCCUCAAACACCACAGGGACCAGAUCUAUGGACAUCCCCUGUUUCCACUUCUGGCCCUGGUGUUUGAGAAGUGCGAGCUGGCCACCUGCUCCCCGCGGGAUGUUACAGCCCUCUCAGUGCCACCCCACCUCCAAGGCCUGACCAAUCACAGUGAUGUAUGCUCCUCAGACUCCUUCAACGAUGACAUCGCAGCCUUCGCCAAACAGAUUCGCUCAGAGAAGCCCAUUUUUUCAACAAAUCCUGAACUGGACAACCUGAUGAUCCAGGCCAUUCAGGUACUACGUUUCCACCUGUUGGAGCUGGAAAAGGUUCAUGACCUGUGUGAUAACUUCUGCAAUCGUUACAUUACCUGCCUGAAGGGCAAGAUGCCCACAGACCUGAUUUUGGAUGACAGGGAGGGCGGGUCCAAGUCUGACGUGGAGGAUUUCACUGGCUCCUGCACCAGUCUGUCAGAGCAGAAUCAGUCGUGGUUGCGGGACCCAGAUGACUGUGCGUCCACUCCACUAGGGACCCCUGGCAUGUCAUGUGGCCUGCCUUCACACAGCACAGACAACUGCAGCGAUACGGGGGAUGGUUUGGAUGGGGGCGUGGCCUCCCCCAGUACGGGAGAGGAGGACGAGACGGACCGAGACAGAAGGAACAACAAGAAGAGGGGAAUUUUCCCCAAACUGGCAACCAACAUCAUGAGGGCAUGGCUCUUCCAGCAUUUAUCGCACCCAUACCCCUCGGAGGAGCAGAAGAAGCAGCUGGCACAGGACACAGGACUGACCAUCCUGCAGGUCAACAACUGGUUUAUCAAUGCAAGACGGAGAAUAGUACAGCCCAUGAUUGACCAGUCAAAUCGCUCAGGUCAAAGCGGUCCUUACAGCCCAGAGGGAGCAGCACUGGGGGGCUACGGACUGGACGGCCAAGCCCACCUGGCUCUCAGGGCAGCAGGUCUUCAGGGGAUGCCGUCUCUUCCAGCAGAGUACCCCGGGGCCCUGCUGUCCCAGUCUGGCUACCCCCACGCCGGCCCAACCCUGCACCCCUACCCCGGCCCCCACCCCGCCAUGCUGCUGCACCCGCCGCCCCACCCCCACCCCGCCGAUCCCCUUAUAGGCCAGGGCCUGGACAUACACGCCCACUAACUGAGAAGGAAGGGUGUGAAGUAGAGGGGAGAGAGGGGCCAUCCUGGGGGAGAUGGGGGCUCACACACCCACCACACGCUAACUACGACAGC